UUCAAAUGUUUAUCAAACACAUGCAUGUACAUGUAGACAGAAGCUGGAAGCAUGAAGAAGUUUUUUGAAAAAUGUUACAAAAUAACGAAAGUAUAUGGACUGACAGUUGCGGGUGCUGUUGCAGUUGUUGGAAUUAUUAUUUAUGACAGGGCUAGGCAACAACCAGUGUAUUCUUCUUGGACGACAAAUUAUGAUCCAAGUGUGAAAUGGGAUUACAAUUGGGACAGAAGACAACCUGAUAACCUUGUGAAACCAUUAAAAGAAUCCGCUACAGAUGAGGAGAAGCUGAAACAUUUGGAAAAGGAAGAACAAAAUGUUUCCAAGGCAACUCGUCACAUCAUUAUGAUACGCCAUGGCCAGUACUUUGACACUGAAAAAUUGGACAAAGAUAGAAAACUUACAGAACUGGGUCGUGAACAAGCUAACAUGGUAGGGAAGCGUUUGGCAGAGCUGAAUUACCCAUAUACUCAGCUUAUAUGUUCCACAAUGACGCGUGCCCGGGAGACUGCGGACAUCAUUCACAAACACCUGCCAGAUCUGGAGAGGAAGGAGACAGAUUUGCUGCGGGAGGGUGCCCCCAUACCCCCUGAACCCCCCUCUGGAAACUGGAAACCAGAGGCCGAACAGUUCUACAGUGAUGGGGCCAGGAUUGAAGCAGCAUUCCGAAAGUUUUUCUAUCGAGCUGGGGCGGACCAAGUAAAUGACAGCUAUGAAAUAAUGGUCUGCCACGCCAAUGUGAUCAGAUACUUUGUUUGCAGGGCUUUACAGUUUCCACCAGAAGCCUGGCUACGAAUAAGUCUAAACCAUGCAAGCAUCACUUGGGUGUACAUCCGUCCAAACGGACGAGUUGGAAUCCGCACUCUGGGAGAAGCUGGGUUUAUGCCUGCUAAAAAAGUAUCAGUACUGUAAUAAUAAGAAUCAAAUGAACAGAGCCCUUGGAAAACUGGGCCUAAUGCAUGUGGAUAAAUUGUUGUCCCAUAUUAGCCUGUGCAGUACUUAUCAAAAACGUCUUUUUCUACCUAGAUUGGAUUAUAGUUUAAGAGACUUUCCAUAAUAGGAUUUUUUUCCCCAUGAAAUCAGAAAAUGUCUUCUGGGAUGGCACUUGAUGUAUAUGUAUAAAGCCCAGUUUUAUGAGAAUGCAGCAUCAUUAGUCUAGUGUUCAUUGCUCACCUUUGUAUUUGAGUCUUGUUUAGAUUUUGUAACAUGUAUUGUCAAUCUCAUUAUAAAAAAUGAUAGAAAAAAUUUCACUUUUUAUUUCAUUGCUCAUUUCACGCAACAGACCAUAUCAUGAUUUCAUGUUGAAGAAAGUUUGUGAAAUGGUUGUUUUAUGUUUCCUGAAGGAUAAUCAGUACCGAUGUUUAAACUGUCUGUAAUACUAGUAUUUGAUUACCAAUAAUUGUUCAUUGCACAGUCCAUUUGUCCAUAUGAUGCUGAACCCUAACAACAUGUUUGGUAAUCAAUAACAUCCAUACUGCUUGCUGUAAAAAAUUAAAGAUGUUAUCUACGAACGAUCUCAAAACAUCCAUAUCUCAUCAAUUCAUUUUGACCUUGACCUAAUUUUAAAUAAGAAUAAUUCGGAAGGCCCAAUAAUCCUCUUUGAUUCAUAAGUGGUGCAUUCACAUCAACAAACAUCUCUCAUGUGUCAGAUUACAAAUGUUACCAUUUAAAAUUCACUAACAUGCUUGAAUAGUUUGAAUUACUGUUGUUUAUGAAAAUAUGUAUCUGUACUAGAUUGAGUGAAAAGAACAAAAGAAUAUACUGCCACAGUGUCAUUUUACUUGUGAAAAACCCAACAAAUAUAGGUAACAGUUAAAUCAUGUAGUUUAUGCUCCAAAAAAGUUUGCAAGUAUCAGGUGUAUGUUUAUAAAUUUUACAUAAUAUGGACUUAUUGUUGCUGAAAUGUUAUUUGUGUAAUAAAUGCUGUUGUCACCAGA